AGUCAAGUGUAAAAAAGAAAAGAAAGAAAAAAAAAAUGUUAACAUUAUGUAGAAGCAUUUAUCAUAAAUUGUUAGGAAGAAGUUUUCGUCAUCAUGUUAGUAGCAUUAUUGAGGAUAAAACUUAUACUUUGUGUUUGAACACAACCGAUAGUUUUUCUAGACAUUAUUCCAAAUUAAGUAUGUCUUCCAAUCAUGCAUCACAUUUUGUAUUACCAAAUACUCAACCAAUUGCCGAUUUGGAAUGUAAAACUGCGUUUGAAAAUCUGACAGAGAAAGAGAAACUCUACGCUCAUUAUUUUAGUAAAGCUUCGUGGGAUGGCGGACUGAUAGCUUUGAUUCAAUCCAGUCCCGAAGGGCCUUUGAUUUUUUCUUUACUACAUCGUAUAUUUGUGGCUGAACCUUUAGAAGAGUUGAAAAGCAAAGCCAUAGCCAAUAGCAUAACUGAAGAGGAUUUUACGGCCUUUUUAGUUUAUGCCUGCGGUGUAUUUGCGAAUACGGGCAAUUAUAAAGGUAUGGGUGACAGUAAAAUCAUACCUAAUCUGAGUGAGAGUACAUUCAGGAAAAUAGUGCACGUAUCGGCUGCUUAUGCUAACGAUAAGAAUGUGCCUCUGAUUUUUGACAAAAUUAAUUCUUUGAUUUAUGAUUUAAAACCUCGAAACGAAAUUUUGGGUUUUGCUCCUAAUGGCAUUACCACAUAUUGGUCUGAUAAUUGCACAAAAGAAGAUAGCAAUACGGUUAACGACUGGCUUACUUCAAAACGUAUUGAACCCUACAUGUGUCGGACCUUCAAAGUAGAAGAAGAUGGUAAAACGAUAUACGAUAUCAAGCUGGGCUCGGUAGCUGUGGAUGAUAAAGAUGGAAUUACUUUGCCCUUACAAUCAUACAAGGAUAAUAAUUUUCGCGUUACUCGCGGCGAUUACAGUAAAUUAUUGCAGAGAGUUAAUAAUAAUUUGCAACAGGCGUUGAAAUAUGCUGCUAAUGAAAAUGAAGUUAAAAUGAUUGAACAUUACGUAAAAGCAUUUCAAGAAGGUUCCCUAGUUGAUCACAAGGACGGAUCCAGAUAUUGGAUUAAGGACAAAGGACCUGUCGUAGAAACUUAUAUUGGUUUUAUUGAAACGUAUCGCGAUCCCGCUGGAGGUCGAGCAGAAUUUGAAGGCUUUGUGGCUAUGGUUAAUAAGGAAAGUUCAGCGAAAUUUGGUGAAUUGGUGGCACGCGCUGAAAAGCUUUUAGAAUACUUACCAUGGACAAAGGAAUAUGAAAAGGAUUCCUACCUAAAACCUGACUUCACUUCACUGGAUGUUUUAACAUUUGCAGGUAGCGGGGUGCCAGCUGGUAUAAACAUUCCAAACUAUGAUGAAAUUCGCCAAGAUGAAGGCUUCAAAAAUGUUUCGUUGGGCAAUGUCUUGGCCAAUAUUAAUCGCAAAGACCCCAUAGCAUUUUUGUCGGAAGAAGAUCAGGCAUUAAUGAAAGAAUAUAAAGUUAAAGCGUUUGAAGUUCAAGUUGGUCUUCAUGAGCUUUUAGGGCAUGGCAGUGGCAAACUAUUCCGAAUUAAUGAAAACGGAAAAUUUAACUUUGAUAAGGAAAAUACAAAAAAUCUUAUUACCGGAGAACCUAUUAACACGUGGUAUUUGCCUGGAGAAACUUAUGAUACUAAAUUCGGAGCUAUUGGUUCAUCCUAUGAAGAAUGUCGAGCUGAAGCCGUGGGACUUUACUUAUCAUUGCAACGUGAUAUUCUAGAAAUCUUUGGUUUCAAAGAUCCUAUUGAACAAGAGAAAAUCAUUUACAUCAAUUGGUUAUCUUUGAUAUGGAAUGGUGUUGGUGUGGCUUUGGAGAUGUAUAAUCCUCAAUCGAAACAAUGGAUGCAAGCGCAUUCAAGAGCACGGUUUGUUAUUAUGAAAGUUCUACUUGAGGCUGGUGAAGGUUUUGUCAAUGUCCAAGAAAUCGAAAAAGGAAAGAAUCUACAUCUUACCGUAGAUCGCACUAAAAUCGAAACGAUAGGUAAAAAAGCGAUUGAAGUGUUUCUCAGAAAAUUGCAAGUUUACAAGUCAACAGCCGAUAUAGACAGUGCCUCUAAAAUGUAUGAACAUUAUUCAGAAGUCAAUGAAACCGGAUCACACCCUUGGGCUAAAUGGCGCGACAUAUGCCUGAUUCAUAAAAAGCCACGUGUGAUUUUGGUCCAAGCGAAUACAGGCAUAAAAGAUAAUAAGGUUAAUUUGCUUACCUACGAAGCAACUCAUGAGGGUUUUAUUAAAUCAUGGACAGAACGUUAUCCAACUACCGAUAUUGACGAUAUCAUAGAGGAAAUUGUUGACCACGAUAAAAAGUAUUUUCCGAGUGCCUUUGGUAACUAAAAAUAACAUUUAAAGCAUUUUAAAAUUUUAACUUUAAGACUUACUUAU